CUCUUUUCUGUCUUUGCAACUGUAACUCCCACGCUCUUAAUGUCAUUAACAGGUGCUUGUCCAAAAUAGAACCCUUGCCCAUACGCGCGCGCGCACACGCAAACAUCAGUGGAUCAGCUGACAUACACUCGACUUUGUUUCCCGCACACAUGCAAAACUCACACUGACCUACACUGAAAAAUUAAAAAUCUUUUCAUACGUAGAAAAAUACUCUUGCUUGGACCAUCUAUUCAUGCUUAAGCUGUCAUGCAAUCAAAAUAUCUUCAACUUGAUUGCAUGAGCCCCAGUCCCACUUUUCUCCACCCUCCACUUUCUCUUUUUUUCUCUCUUGCUCUCUUUGCGUCCGUCCUUCUACUCUCUCAGUUGAGUUUCAUGUAUCUAGUCAUCAGAUCUGCACCCACACAGAACAGGUUCAACAAAAAGAGGAAUGCAUCUUCUUUUCACGGCUGUAUAAGGCCUCAAUCCAAUGUUUCUCAUCAAGUCGUUCUUUUCAUCUACCCAUUAUUCCUGUCUAGUUUGUUAUCAAACCUUCUCGUGUUUGUAGGCGUCAGUUAAUUCCCACUCUACGUUCUUCAGAAAUGACCCCCUGUCACUUGAAUUUCUGGCACGCCGGUUUCUUUUUAAAUCACAGAACAUUGUAAUUCUCUAUCAUUUCCUGUUUUUUUUUUUUUUAGCUUUCUAUUAAUAUACUUCUCUGUGUUCUCAUUAUCUAUCGGUCCAGCAAACUCCAGACUAAUCUCUCUAGUCUCCUGUUUUUUUUUUUUUGCUUUAGUCAUUUCUGGUUCUCCCCUUUCUUGACUUUGCCUCUGGGAGUUUUUCUCUCUCAUUGCCAUGUGGUCCAACUAUUUCAUUGCACACGACGAGGAUGGGAGAGGAGGUGCGGCAGGGUUGGGUGGAGCUGGCAAUAAGAUGGGGCGUGCAGGUCAACGGCCGAGGGCCCCUCGAAUGAGUGACAGCCAGGAGGGCAAGAUCAAGCUGGCAUUUUUUAUCGCCCUCAUAGGCGUGACUCUGGCGGUACUUGGCAUGGGCACAGAGUUCUGGGUGGAGUUAUCUGAGCCAAAACACUUCAGGAACAACCAGACGUGUGAGAUGGCACAUUAUGGCCUUUGGAAAUCAUGCGUUCGCACACUAUGGGUGUCAGAUAUUGACCCGGAGAGAGAGAGCUGUGGACCUGUAGAAUUGCCUGGAGAAUCGAACUGCACAUUCUUUAAAUUAUACACUUCUGGAGAGAAUGCUGUCAUAUUUAAGAAAACGACACAAAAAAGUUUGCAUAUAACAGGUGCAAUAUUGGCUUUGUUCAGUUUGUUUCUGAUGGUCAUGGGCUCUCUGUGUAUCACUAUGUCUCUCAGUAAGAGUGUGCCCUUCUUCCUCAAGCCUGCAACCAUCUGCUUCGUUUCCUCAGGUAUCCUGGUCCUGUUGUCCAUCAUUGUUUUCCACCAGUCUGUGCUGGCUUUAUUGGCAAGCGAUCACAGUAUCCCUCUCCAUCACGAGCUGUCCUGGUCAGUGGCGUGUGUUGGCUCGGCUGGGGCCAUUCUCAUUUUUGGAGGGCUUAUGUUCCUGUUGCUUUCCCUCCCCAACAACCCCCUGGAGAAAUGCUUUCGUCAGCAGAGCAGUAGUGAUACCUAGCUGUCCGAAGGACUGCCAGUGAGUUAAGUAGCAGAAGAUCUUUUAUACUCUUAUGCUGCUUGGGGAGAUUAACUGAUGUUGUAAAGGACUCUCAAAAGCUAAUGUUCAUAAUGUUUUGCAAUAACCUGCAUU